CAGUUGAUUAUUUUUAUUUUGGUGGUAAAUGAGCCGAAUUAUUCAUGAGCUACUUGAUUUUAACAUUGUUUAUUUUCAUUUCAGGUCAUACUCAAUGUUUUCCUCUACAACGAAAAAUUUUAAUAAUAGAGAGAGAAACAAUUUAAAAAGAGAGACUAUAAGGCGUGUAGAAGGGACUGAAGUCUUGAUUCGGCUGACUAAGGAGCAUACGGGUUCUGGGGGUUGCACCUAAUUGAUAAGCAGAUUUAAUUGCUUGAAGAGUAUGAGCUCUCCCUCAACUCAACUUACCACCACAACAAUCGGUGUCUAUGAGCCAUUCCACCAGUUAAGCAGGUGGGGAAUUGGUGACACCUUUAAAAGUGAUGAUAGUCCAAAUACAGGUUCAUCCACGGUUGUCCAGGCAGAUGCUAGGCUAGAGAACCAGUCGGAAUAUAUCUCUUGUGAGCCAGUGCAAUAUUCCAGAAGUGAUCAAGAAGCAGAUAAGUCUUCUGAAAAGAUGCUGCGACGGUUGGCACAAAAUCGUGAAGCAGCUCGGAAAAGUCGUCUGCGGAAAAAGGCUUAUGUUCAACAAUUAGAAAGUAGCCGCUUGAAAUUGACUCAGUUGGAGCAGGAAGUUGACAGAGCUAGGCAGCAGAUCAGCAAAUGCCUUAAUGCAGGGUCUACACAUAGGCAGUCCAGAUACUGGUUAUUUGGGACUGUCUUCAACUGCAAAUUCGGUGUUUCUCUUGGGAUAUUGCAUUCACUCAUUUUGCUUUCUUCUGACUAUGUCCUGGUUUUCACUUUACACUACUGCAAACUGAAAUUUGUAGGAAUUACUACAUUUGAGAUGGAAUAUGCACACUGGGUUGAGGAGCAGAGUAGACAGAUUUGUGAGCUUAGGAAUGCACUACAAGUACAUAUAACUGAUAUUGAACUCCGUAUACUGGUAGAGAAUGGCUUGAAGCACUAUUACAAUCUUUUCCGGAUGAAAGAGAAUGCUGCUAAGGCAGAUGUUUUCUAUUUGAUCUCUGGAAUCUGGAGAACAUCAACAGAACGUUUUUUCCACUGGAUUGGAGGAUUUCGUCCAUCAGAGCUUUUAAAUGCUGUUGUGCCACAACUUGAGCCCUUGACCGAAAAACAACUUGGGGAGGUCUCUAACCUCCGACAAUCUUCUCAGCAAGCUGAAGAUGCUCUCUCCCAAGGAAUAGAAAAACUCCAGCAGACUUUAGCUCAGACUUUAGCAGCUCAUCCAGUGGGUUUUAGGUCUCAGAUGGCUGCUGCUGUGGAUAAACUGGACGCCCUCGAGAGCUUUGUCAACCAGGCAGACCACCUUCGGCAACAAACCUUGCAGCAAAUGUCUCGAAUCUUAACAAUCCGGCAAACAGCUCGAGGGUUGCUUGCUUUAGGAGAGUACUUCCAUCGUCUUCGUGCUCUAAGCUCGCUCUGGGCUGCUCGUCCUCGUGAACCUGCGUGGCCUGUAAGGUAGAACUUACAAAGCCACCAUAUCUUAGGCUGUAGUCAAAGGGAUUUGAUCCCCAGUUGUGCUAAGAAAAUAUUGGUGUUCUUGUUACUGUAUAAACCACUGUCUAAUCUGUUUAUAUACUUUGUCCAAAGCAGCUUCUUGAAGCAUGAAAAUGUGUAAAUAUGAAUUGUAUCGCUGUGUAUCAAAAAGAAAACCAUGUAACUGAG